GCCGCCCAAAACAUUAUUUGCCCCCUCCCUUCAUCGAUGGAAAAUUGUUAAAUUUAAAGAAAUUUAAAUUUUAUUUUCUUGAAAUGAAGAAAUGAAAUUUGAGAAAAUUCAAAAUUCGAUAAUUCCACGGGCGGAAAUGUCGAUCGUGAUCGUUUGUUUAAAUAUUUGUGAGGGGAGGGGGUUAAAUGUUACCCUCCUUCAAUGACAAAUUGUGAAAGUUUAAUUAGUUUUUUCCGAAAUGAGGAAUUUUUGAAUUUAAAAAUUGAGAAUUUGCCGCCGGAAAUUGUGAUCGGGAUGUUGGUUUAAAUUUUUGUAGUGGAGAGGGGUGUAACAUUAGUACUGAGACUCUCCCUCAACGACAAAUUCCAAAAGUCAAUUUAUAUCUUCCAAAAUGAAGAAUUCAAUUUUUAAAAAAUUUAAAAAUCAAUAAUUUGCCGCCGUAAAUCACGUUCCUCGUUCCAAUUCCCUCCGACAGAUGAUGUGAUUCAAACAUUACUCUCAACCCUCGUCCAAUAACUCCCAAAAAUCCAUUCCCAUUUCCGAAACUUGCAAAAAAAAAUUUUUACAAAAUUCAAAAAUCGAUAAUUUGCCGCCAUAAAUCCCGCCCGUCAUUCGUUCAAAUUUUCCUCACAUCUCCAGGGGGGGGGGUUACUGACCCCUGACAGGUGCUUUCCCGCUCUCCGCCCCAAGCUCCUCUCCCCACCCCAUCAAAUAUCCCAAAAUCCCCAAAUUUCACCCACCAAAAUCCCCUCGGACUUUUCAAUCCGAAUUUCAUUUUUCAGCCAAAAAUUUCUUCGAAACAUUGAAAUUACGGUGCCCUCGUAGCCCCAUCCCGGCGUCUCUCGCUACGCCCCUGUCUCCCCGAUGUACUUCUCCUUCCCUCUCUCCCCCCUCUCUCUUCCGCCCCACCACAUCAUCGCGCCGUCUCGCUAUACGACCAGUCAGUUCCUUGUUUGCCAUACAAAAUCCAAUAGUUUGCCUUGGGUAGCCCCCGCGAAUACCCAGUCUCCUCUGCACUCUGUUUCAACCGUCCCCAUAAACCAAAAAAAAAAAAAAAAAAUAUCCCCCCUAAAAAUAAUUAUUCCCCAUUAAUCACCACCGUCGAUACACCCAUACCCAGAAUUAACCAAUAAAUGUGUUGAAGUUAAUUAUCGAAAAAUGCGUGAUAAAAUAAUUUUGAUACGGAGUACACAGUGGUAUGAAACUUAUGUGCGUGCCGUGAGGCAAAAGUGCAAGGGAGCAUAGUAGUUGUUUCCUGUUGUGUGCGGCCUGGACCGGCCUGUCGUCUCUUCAUACGAUUAAUUAUUAAAUAGGCCGGUUGAUUCACCUCGCAGUACCUACAUCUGAUAGAUUUUCCAAUGUAAAUUGAAAUGAAACGAGUUCGUGGGGUGGACGAGGUAACAACGCCAAUAGGAGUAACACAUAAGCAUUUGGGAAGUAUCAGUGGAGGUGGAGUAAACAGUGGCAAUAAUUUGGAGUAUCACACUAGUGGAAUUGUGAGUGGAGUUACGUCUGGUCAAUCAGUGAGGCCAUUAACGUCCAAAGAAAUGCCGGGUAGUAUACAGUUUGGGACUACCCAGACACAGCAGCAAUAUGCUGGGGCCAUUGUCGUACCAGCGGCUGCCCCAUCACCUGUCAAGGGUGCAGUGGGUGGUAAUCACGGUACAACGUGUAGCAGUAGCAAUGUGAACACUGGAUUGCACGUUAGUACUGGUUUAGGUGUUGUACCACAACAGCCUAUUCCAGGAUCACAUGUACAGUCAUCACAUUUGCAGCAACCAAUGUUGAGGCACAAGGUGCAUACAAAUACAGCAGCCCCAUUAGCCCCAACGCCCCCAGCGAGUCUGAGCACCAGUAGUGGUUCUCAGCAACAAUUUCAAAGGCUAAAAGUUGAGGAUGCACUGUCCUAUCUCGAUCAAGUUAAAUUCAAAUUCAACGAUCAGCCCCAAGUGUACAAUGACUUUCUCGAUAUAAUGAAAGAAUUUAAAUCCCAGAGUAUUGAUACACCUGGUGUUAUAACACGUGUUAGUAAUUUGUUCAAAGGACAUCCUGAAUUGAUUGUUGGUUUUAAUACAUUUUUACCACCUGGUUAUAAAAUUGAAGUACAAGCCAAUGAGCAGGGUUAUGCAUUUCAAGUAUCAGUGAGUAUGCCGAGUCCAACAGCAACUCAUACAGCAACAAUAUCACAACAUCAUUGUACUGUUAAUGUUGGAUCACCACCAGUGGCAUCACCACCAAGUCAACCAGCAAAAGCACCAUCUGUAUUGCAGAUAAUGCAGGGAACUGGAAAUAUACAUCACUCUAUUGCUAAUAAUGUUGCAAAUAAUAAUUUGACGAUACAUUCGGGUGUACCAUCACCACCACCAAUACAAACUUAUAAUAAUUCACAUAUUAGUGCAGCGCAAGCGCAAGCUGUUAGCCAGGCACUCAGCCAGGCACAGGAUGGUGUACAAAAUAGUGGACAGACACAACAGAGUCAACCCGUUGAAUUCAAUCAUGCCAUCAACUAUGUGAAUAAGAUUAAGAAUCGAUUUCAAGGACAACCAGACAAGUACAAACGUUUCUUGGAGAUUCUCCAUACAUAUCAGAAGGAGCAAAGAAACUUGAAAGAAGCCAGUCACAUGGGAACUGGUGGUGGAAGUGUUCCGUCUGGUGGUAAACAUCUGACUGAGGCGGAAGUUUACAGUCAGGUGGCCAAGUUGUUUGAGAAUCAGGAGGAUUUACUCGCUGAGUUUGGACAGUUUCUGCCUGAUGCAACGAGUCAACAGAGUGCGCUGUCUGCAAUGUUUCAGGGUAACAAAACAACGGUAAAUGAUCACGCAGCAAUCGUUAAAAAGCCACUGGUAAAAGCAUCCUACAACAAUACAACAUCACAACCCCGUGAUCAUCGUGAGCCAGGUAAUCCCGGUGGUAUUGAUCGAGAUCGUGAUCAUCGUGAUCGUGACAGAGAUCGUGAACGUGCUGGUCCACGUGAUCUAAACAAUACCCAAAAAUUUGGCCACAGUACAGGUCAAUUGAAGCGGAGUCCCUCAUUUCCGACAUCAGUGUCAACCGGUAAUUCUCAUCAUCCCCCUCACGGUCCUCCACCACCGAAGAAGCACAAGGUAUCAGCAUCGGUGAGAGACGUUACAAUAGCAGAAGCUGGAAAAUACGGUAGCCUUAAUGACUACGCAUUCUUCGAUAAAGUACGAAAGGCCUUGAGAUCACCAGAAGUAUACGAAAAUUUCCUCAGAUGUCUAGUUUUAUUCAAUCAGGAGAUAGUAUCGAAGAGCGAAUUGAUUCAACUGGUGACGCCCUUCCUGGGUCGUUUUCCCGAGCUGCUGAGAUGGUUCAAAGAAUUUUUGGGUCAUCUCCAGGACACGACGAGUAUAACAUCGACAAAUUCCACGAGUACCCUAGUGGAGUCGCUUCCAAAUAAUGUGGUGAGAAGCCAUCAGGAUCGACCUCAGGGUGAUUUAGCAAUGGAGAUUGACUACACAACAUGCAAGAGACUUGGUGCUUCCUACUGUGCGUUACCAAAGUCCUACGUACAGCCAAAAUGCUCUGGUAGAACACAGCUGUGUCGAGAGGUGCUGAAUGACACGUGGGUAUCAUUUCCAACGUGGUCGGAGGACAGUACCUUUGUGACGUCACGAAAGACACAGUUUGAGGAGUUUAUUUAUCGUUGUGAGGAUGAGAGAUUCGAGUUGGAUGGAGUUAUCGAGACAAAUGCAGCGACGAUAAGGAUUUUGGAGGGUGUUCAUAAAAAAAUGGGUAGAAUGACGCAGGAGGAGCUCCAGAGGUUUAAACUUGAUGAUUGUUUAGGUGGUUGUUCACCUACGAUUCAUCAGAGAGCGUUGAAGAGAAUAUAUGGGGACAAGGCACCUGAUAUUAUCGAUGGACUGAAGAAAAAUCCAACAGUUGCGGUUCCAGUUGUACUCAGGAGGUUGAAGAGUAAAGAGGAGGAGUGGCGAGAGGCCCAGAAGGGUUUCAAUAAAAUUUGGCGAGAACAGAAUGAAAAAUAUUAUCUCAAAUCACUCGAUCAUCAGGGAAUUAAUUUCAAACAAAAUGAUGUCAAGGCAUUGAGAUCAAAGAGUUUAUUCAAUGAUAUUGAGACACUCUGCGAUGAGAGAAAUGAACAGAAUGACAGUGGUGAUGGGCCAGGAAGUGGUCCACACAUGGUGCUUUCUUACAAGGAUAAAUCAGUUAUUGAUGAUGCAGCAAAUUUAUUGAUACAUCAUGUUAAGAGACAGACUGCGAUACACAAGGAGGAUAAACAACGAAUUAAAUUAUUGUUAAGGCACUUUAUACCUGAUUUAUUCUUUCAUCCGAGACAGGAGUUGAGUGAUGAUGAGAGAGAUGAGGAUGAUGAUAAGGAGGAGGGUAUGCCAAGUGGUUCACAAUCGUUAACCACAAAUUCAUCACCACUUGGAUUGCAAGGGUCGAGAAAUAAUAAAACAUCACCCUCACCUCCUAAUGCCAAUAUCAAGAUCGAGGGGGAUAUUAAAGUACCUGUUCAUGCAUUGUCGACUGAUCCGGAUGAGGCAUAUACACUGUUUAUGGGAUCUAAUAGUUGGUAUUUGUUCCUGAGGUUACACCAUAUACUGUGCGAAAGGCUGACGAAGAUGUACGAUAGGACUAUUUCUCUGGCUGAGGAGGAGGCUAUGUAUAAACAACAGAGAAAGGAAGUCGCUGCUGUUGCACUCAGGUUAAAACCAAAAAAUGAAAUAGAAAUAGAAGAAUAUUAUCCAACAUUUCUGGAUAUGGUGAAAAACGUUCUCGAUGGUAAUAUGGAGAGUACGGCGUAUGAGGACACGCUGAGAGAGAUGUUUGGUAUUCACGCGUACAUGGCAUUCACCCUGGACAAAGUUGUGUCGUACGCGGUUAGACAGCUCCAGCACCUAGUGACGGACGCCCCGUGUCAAAAUUGUAUUGACAUGUUCCAUCGUGAACAGAGGCAACCACAGGAGAGCAGUGGCGCUGGAGGACUUUGUGCAACCGCUUAUUUGAGGGUUGGAGCCGAGGCCGCGUAUCAAAGGAGAGCUGAAGCUGCUAUGGCCAGUGAAAACUCUUAUAAAAUAUAUAUUUAUAAAAAAGAGUGUAAAAUGACGAUAGAAUUACUGGACAAUGAGAGUGAGGAUACCCCAGAGGGCUGCAAUGAUCGUGAAAGAGAGGAUGUUAAUACAUCUGAAAAAUGGUCAUCGUACGUUGAGAGAUACUCAACUCCAAUAAUCCAAACCAGUCUAAAGGAUACACCAACAUCACCAAAUAAUGAGACGAGCAAUGCAACGAGCACCAAUCAUCCUGUGAGUAGCGACCAGGCAGCAAGGGGGGGAAGGGGCAGAAAGCGCAAGAACACUGACAUUAACAAGAAGAUCGAUGGAAAUGGUUGGAGCUCCUUAGGCAGAAUCUUAGCGGGUCGUAAACCGGUGUUUCUCUGCCGAAAUGUCAAGCGAUCCAGGAAACAUGCUGCCAAGAAGAUGAGACCGGCUGUGCCGAACAAUCCGGAUAAAAAUACUGAUGCCACUGAGGGUGAGAAAUUAGAGGAAGCGGAUGGUGUCAGUGAGUUGCUGAAAAAUCCUGGAAUUCUGCGAAUGCCAGGAACGAGUGAUAGCACCGACGUAAUAACCUCGGACGACACCCAAUGCACUUUCAAUCUCAACAGUUAUCACAUGCUCUAUGUAGCAAGUAAAGAGGCUUUUCUGUACAAACCGAACUCUUUCGCACGAGCUAAAGAGUGUCACCCCGCAAUAACGAAAAAUCUCAACACGAAAUUCCACAGUUGGUUGUCAAAUUGGGCAUCGAAAAAUGUUGCUGACUCCCAACAUCGACUCUGUCAAGACUGGUUAAUGGGUCGUUACGAGAAUUUAAUACCCCACAGGACAAGAGUGAUUACCGAUAAUGAUCAGAGUCGUUCACCCUACAGAUCAUACAAUCGAUAUCGUGUUGAACGAAUCAAAUCCGAGACAGACUCUGAAACAACGUAGUUCAACGUAUUUUCACAUUCAUUAAUCUGAAGCAGGAGAAUGUGAUAAAUAAAUAAAUAAAUAAAUAAAUAAGUAAACAAUUGUGUACACUUCUGGGACCAUGUGAAAAUUACUCGGUGCGGACGUCUAUCGAAGAGACGAGAUAUCGCGCGUUUGUGUGGAAAAUUUCCAAGUUGGCUGAUCAAUUAAUUAUCUUUCAUCAAUGAAGAUAUUGAUUAACAAAUAAAUAGUGCUCUUGAGAGUGAGAGUAGAAGGAUAAUGUGCUGCUAAUUGAAGCAAUCAAAUGAUGUAAAUAAUUAUUUCAUUGUAAGAAAGAAGAACAUUUCAAUUGUAAAAAUAUCUUUUAUUUAAAAAAUCAUUGAAAUAAUCCAGUGGUGAAGUGACAAAACGUCAAAAUAUUAUCGAAAAUUCUCAAUAAAUUUAUCAAAAUCUCCCAUUUCAUGGGUAAAAUAGUUUUUAAUUUUUAUGGCAUCACUUUGUCGAAAAAUUUACGACGAAACUUCCUACGAUUGAAGAUUUUGAUCGAUAUUUUCCCCAAAAUUUAUUCUUCAAUUAAAACGACUCUUCGUUAACGUUUUUACACUUCGCCACUAAAUCUCUUCAUCCAAAUGUUUUUUUUAUUGAAUGUUCGUAGACAUUUUCUAGAGUAAUUGACGUGCAUUCCACUGCAAUUUUUAGAGACAUUGAGAUAUUUUCUAAUGAUAAUUUCCUGCAUUUUUUUUUUCGAUGUUUUUUUUUGUAUUCAAAGGUGAUUUAUCCGAAGGUCUGUUAUUAUUCACCAGAGAUUUUUAAUCGGGCGAUUGAAAACCAUUUUGAUGGAGAGAUGUGGAGGGAAAAUUUAUUGAAAGAUUGAAUAGGAUGACAUUGACAAUCAUUGAUCGGAUAGUACAAACAACGGCCUCACUGAGUAAAUUGAUAAAGCCAUGAAUAGAAAAUAUUUGAAUGUACAAACAAUCUGACUAUAAAUUCUGUGCUCCUUUCUCAAUCGAUUUUUUUUUUAUUUACUAUUGAGAGCAGCUUAUUGCAUAAUACUGUACAGUUAUUUUCAUUUGCAACCAAUUAUUUAUCGAUCGACCUUCUCUUUCCAAUUGUGAAAAUGUACUUUUCAAUAUGAAUAAUAUAUUUGUACAAAAAUAACGUUAGGUACUGUAAAGAUUUACUCGUAAGAAAUUCAAAUGAAUUUUUUAAAAUAAUGAA